GGAGGAGAACAAAUCAUGGAUAACACUACCCUAGCAAUGGUACUUACAAUUUGGUUCAUUGCUUUUCAUUUCAUUAAAAUAUUAUUUACUAGCCAAACUUCCAAACUUCUUCCUCCAGGUCCUAAACCACUUCCAAUAAUCGGCAACAUUCUUGAAGUUGGUGACAAACCUCACCAGUCAUUUGCUAAUCUCGCCAAGAUUCACGGCCCUCUAAUAUCCCUACGUCUAGGCAGUGUCACAACUAUUGUUGUGUCAUCGGCUGAAAUAGCCAAAGAAAUAUUCUUAAAAAAAGACUACCCUCUUUCUAAUCGUACUGUUCCUAAUUCUGUCACUGCUGGUGACCACCACAAACUCACCAUGUCAUGGUUGCCUGUCUCCCCUAAGUGGCGGAAUUUUAGAAAGAUCACGGCUGUUCAUUUACUUUCUCCUCAAAGACUUGAUACUUGCCAAAGCCUUAGGCAUGCCAAGGUACAACAACUUUUUCAAUAUGUACAAGAAUGUGCACAAAAAGGGCAAGCCGUUGAUAUUGGCAAGGCUGCAUUUACUACUUCCCUCAAUUUGUUAUCAAAACUAUUCUUUUCGGUCGAAUUAGCCCACCAUAAAUCCCAAACAUCUCAACAAUUCAAAGAACUUAUAUGGAAUAUUAUGGAAGAUAUUGGCAAGCCUAAUUAUGCUGAUUAUUUUCCAAUCUUAGGAUGUGUCGAUCCUUCGGGUAUUCGACGGCGGUUAGCUUCUAGUUUUGACAAGUUAAUUGCUGUUUUUCAAAGUAUAAUCACUCAAAGGCUUGGUAGUGAAGCUUCAAGUACAGCAACAACAAAGACUGAUGAUGUGCUUGACGUUCUUCUCGACCUCUACAAACAGAAGGAGCUUAGCAUGGGCGAGAUUAACCAUCUUCUAGUCGAUAUAUUUGAUGCCGAAACUGACACUACAUCAAGUACUUUUGAAUGGGCAAUGGCAAAGUUAAUUCGGAAUCCUAAAAUGAUGGACAAAGCUCAAGAAGAAAUUGAGCAAGUCUUGGGCAAGGAUAGACAAAUUCAAGAAUCAGACAUUAUUAAGCUACCUUACUUACAAGCCAUUAUCAAAGAAACAUUGCGACUACACCCACCAACCGUAUUUCUCUUGCCUCGUAAAGCUAAUUGUGAUGUUGAACUAUUUGGCUAUGUUGUGCCAAAGGAUGCACAAAUACUUGUUAAUUUAUGGGCUAUCGGAAGAGAUCCUCAAGCAUGGGAAAAUCCCGACAUAUUUUCACCGGAGAGGUUUAUGGGAUCUGAAAUUGAUGUUAAAGGAAGAGAUUUUGGACUGAUACCUUUUGGAGCUGGAAGGAGGAUAUGCCCCGGAAUGAAUCUGGCUAUUAGAAUGUUAACUUUGAUGUUAGCGACUCUACUUCAAUUUUUCAAUUGGAAGCUUGAAGAAGGUGUGGAUCCAAAAGAUUUGGACAUGGAUGAGAAAUUUGGGAUUGCUUUACAAAAGACUAAGCCUCUUCAAAUCAUUCCAGUCCUAAAGUAUUGAUUAUAAUAUCUUGUAUUUUGUGUUAGUCGCCUUUUCUUGUUACAAGUUUUA